CCAUCAUUGAAGACGAUUACAAUCUCUACGAACACUUCUCCGAGAGUUUAGAGCGAACGGCAAUGAAUUGUCGCAAAAUCUCUACCUUUCCAUACUAUGAGAGGUGGGCGCUAAUGGCCAUCGUUUUAGUCCUCAAAAAGAUUUUCAUUCUCAACGAUUCAACCGAAAAACGUUUGUCUGAUUGCGAUCUCAAAGACUUCUUUAAUUGGAGUGAAUGGGAACAGUAUUCGCGCGUUAGGCUCGACAUGAUCUACUCAUACACGUGCUCACUCUAUACCGGAGAUUUUGAACGAAUUCGAGACCAGCGUCUUAUAGCCGAGUACUCACUGAAGCGCUCGGAGUAUGAGAUGUCGAGAAUGAUUGAGUGCAUCAAAAAGAAGAAUGAUUGGAAAGAGUUUGACUUUCGGACUGAUAUGCAGCACGAGUUUACAGCCCUUCUCUACCAUAUGACGGAUUCGGGUUCACCUGAGUUCGUGAAGCACUCCUUAUAUCCAUUAACCACUGCAACAGAAUUGGCAUUAAAUCUGAAUAAGUGUUCGUCAGUGAGUGAAGUGUUGUCCACUAGCUUUGAACACAAACGACUGAUUGGUUGGACGUGCCCUCACGGCAAGGUAUUCCACAGGGGGUACGACUGUUUAGCCAGAGAUCCCAAACGGUGGUCCUCGUCGUUCAAACUACUCAUACAAUUAAUCGAAGACAUCGAAUGGAACCGAUUCGACAAAUUCUGUGACUUUGAAUCGCGGGUAAAGACCCUUAUGUUUGGUGCGGUUGUGGUCUCCGACGCUCUCCCCCUGGCCUCGUCUCACCCGUACCUCUACCUCUACCCCUACCGGGUGUACUGGUUUGGCUCAGACGCUCUCCCCCUGGCCUCGUCUCACCCGUACCUCUACCUCUACCCCUACCGGGUGUACUGGUUUGGCUCAGACGCUCUCCCCCUGGCCUCGUCUCACCCGUACCUCUACCUCUACCCCUACCGGGUGUACUGGUUUGGCUCAGACGCUCUCCCCCUGGCCUCGUCUCACCCGUACCUCUACCUCUACCCCUACCGGGUGUACUGGUUUGGCUCAGGUUUGAUGAUGAACUCCUUGGGCUCGCACUCUAUUUAUGAAAAUUUUGUGGUGGUCAUCACCACCGCAUACCUGAGUCUGUGUCUGGCAUAUCGUGCAGAAGUAGACACCGUUCUCCUCCUCGAACUGAGUUGA